UUCUUCUUUUUUUUUUUUCUCUGUAAAAAAAUGAAAAACAUGGAUGAAGGCUGGGGAGAUUUCACCUUUGAAGAACAGCAUGAAGCUCGCUUCUUGUCCUUACCAAACAGUGUAAUGGAGCAUAUUUGUCGUUACUUGGAAAACUUGAGCGACAAAUAUAAUGCCUGCCUCAUCCAUCGCCAAUGGACUACAGCAGCGCAAAAUGUCCUGUGGGAAAGGAUUCGCUUCAAGACACCUAUAAACUUCCGUCGUUUUUUAAUCAGUGUACAGGAGAACAAGAAAACGGCACUCUUGGUUCGUGAUUUGUACUUGGCUUUUGCAGAUCAUGAAAAGACUUUGUUUGAACCCAUCGUAAGGUCCACACUAGAGCGACACUCAGUAGAGUCGGUGCUUUCCAAACCACUCCAUAUUGCUCGUAUGAUUAAAUCGUGUGAAAAUCUCAAGUCUUUGACUGUUUAUGGACGAAAUUUGGAUUCGGCUUUCAUAGAUAUACUCGCCUCUACUGCGCAAGACUUGACCAGCUUGUAUAUUAUCAGCACCAGACCCAAGCAUCAACUUGCUUUCAACAAUUUACUCUCCCGUUUGACCAGCUUACGUCUCGACGGUGAUUUUAGCUUGGAUGUCAGAUGGGCAGUUUCUCUUGCCAACAGAGCUACGCAUCUUACUGAACUUCAACUCUCCUUAAAGAGUAUCAAUGUAGACGUCCUGCAAAAAAUAAGCGCACCUGGAAAACUUGCCUUGACCAGUCUCAUCUUCACCGAUGCAGCAAUGAUGAUUGACAACUAUGUGAUGAACGUACUGGCUGCAUUCCCCCGCUUAACUCGAUUCUGUUUAGAAGGCAGUGUUCGUGUUACCGCCCUGUCAAUCCUGUAUGCCUUGAAACAGUGUCCAGACUUGAACAGCAUUGAAAUGCGUGCUCAUCCUGAUUCUCUUAACUAUGAACUUGAUGGUUCUUCUCUUUCGACAUUCAAUAGCAGUGUUUAUAAUAAUUCAUCUGCCCUUCCUUGUCGUCUGUUGGUGGAAAACAUGAAUUUGGAUUACAAUCAAUUGCUCACUCUAUCACCCUAUUUGUCAUUAGUACAAACUGUCGGUUUUAAGAACUGUCCUCAACUCACAACUACAGCGAUUGAACAAUGUUUCAACAAAAACAAAUUCAUUCAUAUUUUUCAAUCUAUCAACUGUCCAAAUAUAGGCUCAGAUAUAUUACGGGCAUUCUCAACAAUAGCUGGUAUAGCGAAAUCACUCUAUCGAGUCCAUUUAGGCUCAUCUGGACCCGUAGAUCCAAAGGAUAUUUAUCAACUUUGUUGUAGCAGUUCCAACCAUAACCUUCGACAAAUCCGCCUUGUUGAUUAUGAUGAUAUCCAACAAACAGUGAUUGGAAAUUAUAAUGAAGCUCUCCCUAAUAAUCAAGAUUUCCCAGGCUUAUCUGUGAUUACUUUAAAUCGUCGCUCUAUCGAUGCUAUAUCUCACACUACCGAUCCAGAAUUGUGUCCUCCCCCGGAAGACCGUCUUGUGAAUGGUAGUACAUUGGUACGUUUGGCCGAACACUUUAAAAUGGACUUGGCUGAUUUUAUGGACCUGUUGGAUAACUUUGAGGAAGAAUCCGAAGCGGCAAUGAAGUCUGUUAGUCGUCCAAAGGGAAUUACGUUUGAUUCCUCUGCAAAUUACGCUUUAGGUGAUAAACCAUCCAAUCGUGUAUUCGCUUUAAAAGGUCAGGCGUCUAAUAUGCGUCCCACUACGCCUGCACUCUGGUCCCAAGAUCUGGAGCAUAAUGAUGUCAAUGAAAGCUACGAAGAAAGUGGAUCCGACGAAACAAAUUCUAAUGGAAAUGAGGAAGAAGAGCAAACGGAUGACAGCCGAGACGAUAGUAGGGACGAGAGUAGAGAUGUUACGGAGGAGGAUGAAGAAGAGUACGAAACCUCGUCUCACUUGACAAACACAGAUACCAACAAAUGGGCAUCAAAUCCGGCUGUAUUAAAUACAGGCUCUGAAAUCAAGGCCACCUUAGGAGGAUGGGGAUCAAGUGCUACCGAACCAUGGGAUCCGAACCCUAAGAAUCAUCAUCAUAUUACUGCUGUUAGAACACCAUCUCCCCCUGUUGUUCAAGAGCAGCGCAAAUCAAGAACACAUGUCUGGGCUGGAUUUACUGCAGAAAAAUACAAUGAUCAAUGGCAGCAAAAUAGUCUCACUGUCAACAACACAAAGGUCACACCAAAACGCUCAACAAAUCAUUAUCGUAAUAGUCCUGCCGUUGCAGAAAGUGAUGGUUGGGGUUCGACUGAUAAGUAUGUACCUUGGCAUAAUGUGAAGGAACAAGGCUUUGUAGCCGAAGUCAUUGAAGAGCAAAAAAAGACAAGCUAUUGGAAUGGUGAGGAAUAUAUCAAUUUAAAUUCAUCCAAUGGCCCUUCCACUGAUUAUGAUAAUGAUACAACGGUUGUCGGAUCAAGUGGUAACACAACACCCGGAUCUCCUCCUAUGCUCUUCUCAGAUCUCGCUAACAACAUAAAUACAACCAACACUCGCAACCCUAUUUCAAAGGUCGAUAAUCGUAAGAAUAUUCCUCGACCAAGAUCAGAAUCCCUUGUCAGUUCGGACGGAAGUGUGUCAUGGAACGAUGUCUCGGUUGCACCCGCCAUAAAAGUGAGUACGAACAAGGCUACACAAAAGUUUUCUGUGGAUAAAAAAUCCAAAGCUGUAAAUCCUGUACGCUCAAGAUGGAUGGCUAACGAAGAGGAUUGGAAUAAUCUUAAAAACUCCCUUCCCGAGUCUACACAAAAUAACACUCCUACCCAGACCCCGAGUAAAGGAAGUUGGCAAGAUAACUUUUCCCCAGAAGUUAUUGCAGAUCAAACCGCUACAAACAAAUGGUCCAGUCUUUCGGCCAAUGCCUCUGUCCGUCCCAAAUUUUCACGUCCUGCUCGUAAAGGUCGUGACUCAAUUCCUCCCGCAAAUAUGCCAGGUAACUGGGGUGAACUUUCUAAUUCGCCUUCUUCUCGUGCAACUACAGUUUCACCGAGUCAAAAUGUUAAGCCAUCAUCCUCUGCUGUCUUGGUGGAUACCGAUAAUAUACCUGAGACUUCAUCGGGGCCUGCCCUAAAAGGCGAUGUAUGGGAAUCCAUUAGUACACUUGACAUUAUGCCAAGUCGACCCCCUACUGCUAGUCAUGUAUUAAUACCUCAAGAAGUUCCACUUACCAAAAGGGCAUCAGCCGAAGUGUUUGAUUGGAGUAAUCAUGAAGUAUUACCUAAAGAGCCUCCUGUUCAAGAUAAGGCGGAACCAUUACUCCACUUUGUAAACACAGUGCCUGGUACCAUUACUGAUACAGAAAUUAAAAUGCAGGAACAACAACAGAGUAACGAUAAUUUGGUCGACUUUGAAGAAUCGAUUCCUUCCUUCACAUAUCCUCAACCCAUAUCAACCCCUCCUAUUUCUGUAAGCAUUGACUCUCCUGGUGUAUUGUCUGCUAAUAUACCUCAACCACAAGAAGAAAAAAAUACACUUCCUAAAAUUACUACACCAGAAAUUCCCGCUGACUUAAAUAUGAACGAAACAAGCUUAACUGAUAUCACCAGUCAUGUCGAAACGACAAUCCCAACCCCCAGUUCUCCUCAACCCCCAACAAAAAACGAAAUAGAUGGUUCUUCCAUCACUGAAAAGAAAAGAAAACCAUUCAAGAUGAAGAUUCUUGUUGGCAAGGAAAUGAAGAGCUUGGCUGUUCAGGAUGACGAGGAUAUCGAUGAAGUCGUCACUAAAUUCUGUGUCGAAAAUAAUAUCAUGGACCAGUUUGCUGGUAUAGCGAAAAGAGUACAAGAAAAACGAACAAUCAAACAAACCAAAGAUAUCUUUACCCCUCCAGGCAAAAAGAUCAAAAAAAAAUCCUUAUUCCCAUUCCCACAAUAAAUAAAAUUCCCCCAUUCUUGCAGUGGCUUUGAUUUUACGGUUGAAUCU